AUCCAAACACGAUCGAACUCAGAACACUUCACCCUUCAACCUUAUCCGCUUCCACCUCUCUCUCUCUCUCUCUCAUCACCGAAAAAAAAAACCAAUCCCUCACGGUCAAGAAAACAUCUUCUUUCGACUCUCGAACUGAUUUAGAGGACGUCUGGAUCCGAUCAUCAUCGCUUCGAACGGCCACAAAAGAGUCAGCCGUUGGACAGAAGAUAGAGCUGGGUUUUAUGUGGCAUUUUCUGUUAUGGACGGUUCUCUCUCUCCCGCCGCUUUACUUUUUGAUCAUCUUUAUACUGAAGAAAGUCUCACAUCGACCCGCCCCACCGACGUCCGAAUCGCUAUACUAUACAUCUGCCGACCAUCGCGAGAAGCCGGGGCUUCGUCUAAGCUCGAUCAAGAGCAGUCGAGCCAGUGUCGAACUCUCGGUGAUCGUGCCUGCAUAUAACGAAGAAAGUCGACUGGAGAAAGGGUUGACCGAAGCGUUAGAUUGGCUAGAACGAUGUCGAACGGAAACUCUGGAUUCUGCGACGAAGGACGCGGAGGAGGAGGGGAUGAGUCUGCGGUCUUAUGAGGUCCUCAUCGUCGACGAUGGCUCCUCCGAUCGAACUCUCUCCACCGCGCUUCAGCUGUCCGUCAAUCAUGCUGCUCGUACUCGUAAUCAUCCUGAUACUCAAGUUCGUGUAAUCAGCCUGGGAAAGAAUAGAGGGAAAGGUGGGGCUGUUCGACAUGGAAUCUUACAUGCUAGAGGAGAGUUGAUUCUAUUUAUUGAUGCGGAUGGAGCGACGAAAUUUUCCGACUUACGGAAACUGAUCAAAGAACUAAACCAAAUCCAAAUCACAAGCCCACCCCCAACAACAUCCCCAACAUCAAGGACAAGAACAAGGAGGAAGGAGGAAGGAGACGAGAAAGCAGAGGAAGGAGAACGGCAUGGGAUGGCGAUUGGAUCUCGGGCCCAUCUGGUGUCGAGUCCGACAGUAGUCUCUCGGACCAAGUUCCGGAACUUCUUGAUGAAUGCAUUCCAUCUUUACCUCUUCAUCUUAGGCUUGAAAGAUAUUCGGGACACUCAAUGCGGCUUCAAAUUGAUGACCAGAGCCACAGCCAUUCGAGUGGUUGAUGGUCUUCAUGUCGAAGGAUGGAUCUUCGAUGUAGAAUUGUUGUUGAGAGCUAAAUUGAUCAAACAGCCGAAAAUCCCGAUCGUCGAGGUACCGAUCGAAUGGGAAGAAAUCCAAGGCUCGAAACUCUCAGUGGUCAAAGACAGUAUCAUCAUGGCUGUCGAAUUGUUUUUGAUUAGAAUCAAUUAUCUUUUGGGCGUUUGGGAACUUGCUUAAUCUCUCUUUCUCUUUGCUCUUCUUCUGCUUCAUAUUCACUUGUUUUUUGUUUUUACUUCUUCCUUUUCUUUUUGUUAGUGUUGUUCUGUCCGUGUUUUUUUUUUGCUUUGCUUUUGUUUGGAUAGAAAAGAAAAAAAGGAGUCAGUCCAUGAGAACAAACAAAAAACUAGGAGAGCAUCACUUGUGGAUACAAUACAGACUUCCAUCUUUCCCAG